CCCUCCAUUGCGAUUUGACUCCCUGGGUUGUGGUUCUUGAUUGCGUGUGUUAUGGAGGUUCAUCUACUAUACUUUCUUGAAUAGACAGUGGCGCUUGCGCAAUCAUUUUCUCUCUUUCGGUUUGCCCCGUCAAGUCGUGUGUUUUUGCUGUCGCCCGACAUAUGCAGCAUCCAUGAUUUCAUCGGCUGCUUGAUUUCUUCUCCAUUAUCUCUCUAUUUUUCUGCAUGAUACCCAGCCUUUGUUUGCUACUUCAUACACUUUGUAAAUUUCCUAUUCGAGGUGGAUAGAUCUCACUUCAAUAACCACCACCAUGGCGACUCCCUCAUCGAAGCCAAACCCAGGAGCGACUCCGACACAUCUGACCUCGUCGCCUCGUCCGUCUGGUGCUCAUAUGGCCCGUCCGAUUUCCCACAAAUCGCCCUCAACAAGAACGCCCUCAGCUUCCGGUCAUGGACACAACCAACCCCCCGUUUCAAUGCACCAAUAUUCUACCCCUCUCGCCGCGACUACCGGAGCUGAGGACCCCGUUACCUUCAGUUCCCCGUCGGCUCUCCUCGCGCUUGGUGGCUAUAGCGGGAUCAGUCCGUCCCCCGCCGGACACGAUGGUCUUGUCGGCGCAGGCAUGAACGAGAAUGAUAUCCAGGCAUUGGGCAUGCCGGGACUGAAGCUCGGGGGUGCUCGCGACAGCGAGGAGGAGCGCAGAAGACAUAUAGAUGAUGUGGUUCAGCUCCUACGAGCCCGAGUCUCGGGGCGGGGUGUGUGCAGGGAGGGUAUUGAGCGACUGAGUGAUCUCGAAGGGUUCGAGUCGAUCUGGCAGGAAGACAGUCUCAGCAUUGCGGGCAACUUUGUUGAUCUGGAGAUUGACUUCCACCGGGGGUAUAAUGUGGUGAAGGAUGUUAGUCUGAAGUAUGCGACGCCUGAUGCGCAAGAUGGGGAGCAGCGUGACGAGGCUACGGCGGUGCUUAAGCGCGAUUUAAUACAGUCGCCGGAGGAAGGAGACCGGGGUGCUUGGAAGUCGUUGCGUGGGUUCCAUGAGAAUCUACAGUGGCUUGCCAAACAUGAUCGGCUUAGUCAGGAGGUUAAUUGUUUCGAGGCAAUUGAGGGUCUCUACGAGAGCUUGAAGCGUGUGUGGGAGGCGGAGUGGAAACAUCGCAAGUUUGCGGGGGUGUACGACCAUCUGUGCAGUGGCUGGGUUGGCCAGCCGUGUAUGCACAAGGGGAUUCGCAUUGGACUCGGUUUGGACUACUGGGUGCAGCAAGCACGGGUUCUGGAUGCGAAGGAGAAGCAGAAGACAUCGUCUGAUGCGAUGGUGGUUGAUGCGACGAAUGGACAGCCGUCGGAUGAUGAGCCGAACAGUUUGGAAGGGAAGUGGAGUAUCGUGGUGGAGUGCGAAGAGGGUUACCCAUCUCUCCGUGUGUCGAAGGACUGGGUUGGGUCUGAGGUGUUGACGGGAGUCAAUAACAAUGACAAUGGGCCGUCGUCGAGUGAGGCGCAUGGGUCUGACGCUGCAGUUGUCAACUGGGUUGAUCCGCCGGCGACGUUGACCAAUAACCAAGGUCACCCUGACGCCAUGGCACUUGACUCGAACAUGCUGGGUUCUUCGGCUCCUAAUCGUCGAUUCGUGGCGAAGUUGGAGCCGGCUCUGGAUCUACCCAUUCUGGCAGCAUCUGAUAUCUACCGGCAUCUUGGAAUGCAAUUGCCGCAAGAAUUCAAGAUGGUCACCUACGACGGACUCCUGGCCCCGGGCUGGUCGCCUUUGUCGGCAGCAGGAGCUAUGGGCUUGGGGCCCGAGGAGGCCUCUCAGCUUGAACGGAGGAGACGCAGAAUGUCGGUGCAAUCGGUUGACGCUACGGGUAAGCCGUGUACGAAGCAUCACAGUUAUACUUUUCAGCCGUUUGAGUCUGUUGCUGGCCGAACAUUGAGGGAAAUCCCAUUUGCACAUCCCCGGCAACUGGCAGACAUUAUCCCGAUCCUUCGUCAGUACGCCUUUUUGGCCAACCUUAUCCGCAGCGUUUUCAGCUCCUCGUACAAGCCCGAUGAGGACAAACCCGCGACGCCCGCUGAUUCGUCGAAUAUCUCAUUCAGUCCACCUAGGUUUACCGAUGGAAAUUCGAAGAAGGAUGUCAUCAUAUUGAGCAAUGCCGACCCGAACGAGAAGAGGCUCGAUGCAUUGCUGGGAAGCUUCGAGAAACUAGCGACUUCGCCUAGUGCUAAAGGCAAAGGCCCUGUGGGGGUUGGAAACGGAAACUCUGGGUCCAAUUCUACUGUUGACGAUGUCAAGGUAGACGUAACGUUGCGGACGCAACUAGGACAAGCACCGGUGAUCAUGUUGCUUUUCGCGGUGGAUCAACCAGACGAAGCGUCGGAAUCCGCCAACGUGGAGGCGGCAUUAACGAAGGUGUCCAUAAGUCUGGAAGUUGGACUGAACGGCCGAGUCUCCGUUGUGGACAUGACGGGUCUGCUAGAUGACAACAACAACACCACCACAGACAGCAUGGAGGACACCCCAGAGAGAAAGACUCUCGAGCUGCAAAGCAAAAUCGCAAAUGUGCUGGAAAUAUCACAGGACAUUGGGAUCUUGGUGGAAUGGAUUUUACGAUGGUCUUCCGGUGAAGCAACCGUCAUCUCCAACACGGAGAAUCUCAUGAAGUACAUGUCCCUCGACCAGCGAGGUACCGUCCAGGCUGAGUACAUCUGGAUUGACGCUGUCGGUGGCUGCCGUAGCAAGACCAAGACUCUCUCCAAGCCUGUCACAUCGGUCGAUGAGCUCCCCGAAUGGAACUUUGACGGUUCAUCAACGGGUCAGGCCCCCGGUGACAACUCCGAUGUCUACCUGCGCCCCGUCGCUAUCUUCCCCGAUCCCUUCCGCCGUGGUGACAACAUCCUCGUCCUCUGUGAGACCUGGGACUCCGAUGGAACCCCCAACAAGUACAACCACCGCCACGAGGCUAACCGCCUGAUGGAGAUCCACGCCAAGGAAGAAUGGUGGUUCGGUCUGGAGCAAGAAUACACCCUCCUCGGCACUGAUGGCUGGCCUUACGGAUGGCCCCGUGGUGGUUUCCCCGGUGCCCAGGGUCCUUACUACUGUGGUGUUGGUACCGGCAAGGUCUACUGCCGUGACAUCGUCGAGGCUCACUACCGUGCUUGCUUGUACGCCGGUAUCAAGAUCUCCGGUAUCAACGCUGAGGUCAUGCCUUCCCAGUGGGAGUACCAGGUCGGUCCUUGCGACGGCAUUGAGAUGGGUGACCACCUGUGGAUGUCCCGUUUCCUCCUCCACCGUGUCGCUGAAGAGUUUGGUGUCAAGAUCUCCUUCGACCCCAAGCCCAUUAAGGGUGACUGGAACGGAGCCGGUCUCCACACCAACGUCUCUUCCGCUUCGAUGCGUGCUGAGGGUGGUAUGAAGGUCAUUGAGGCCGCCAUGAAGAAGCUCGAAGCCCGCCAUGUUGAGCACAUUGCCGUCUAUGGUGAGGGUAACGAGGAGCGUCUCACUGGUCGCCACGAGACCGGUAACAUCGACAAGUUCAGCUAUGGUGUUGCCGACCGUGGUGGCUCCAUCCGUAUUCCCCGCCAGGUCGCCAAGGAUGGCAAGGGUUACUUCGAGGACCGUCGUCCCGCCAGUAACGCCUGCCCCUACCAGAUCACCGGUAUUAUCGUUGAGACUCUCAUGGGUGGCAACUAAAUGCGUUACAUACCGUUUAAAAAUGUGAAUACACUUCAUAUUAGCGCUCGUAUACCCUCCGGCGUCGACAGGGAGGUGGACAAUAGCGCAGCCUGGCACUCUCGGGAGCAGACAUAGAAUUUCUUUUUCAUUCUUCAGCUGGUAGUUCGGGACUCUUCAUUUACUCUCCGCCAGAGCUCGCCUUGCGUUCCUUACCCUCUGCUGGUUUUGCAUUUCGUUUUCUUUCAUUACUUGGGUUAUGUGUUACGUUAAGCAUAGAGGACUUCGGAGGAACCGACAGUCACUUGAAAAUAAACUGGUGGAACGUGCUUCAGGCAUGCACCGGAAGGAUCAGAGAAUAGAUUAAUAGCCGACUUACCACAGUAACAUAGUGUGUCAAUACAAUCAUUGCCCGACGGGCUGGACAUG